ACUGGAGAUUCAAGUUAUUUAAUUGUGCAGCGCAGAUAUUUUCGACUUCCUUGUCUCGUAAGAAUAUAAAAAAUCACCUACAAGUUGGCAUCCCUGUUUCAAUGCUGUUCAAAGUGCACUUAAUUUUCCUACUACUUUUCGGCCAAAAACUCCUCAAAAGAUGCCGCUCAAAGGCAUCAAGGUAUUAGAAUUCGUGGGCUUAGCACCAGGACCAUUUUGUGGCAAGAUCCUAACUGAUUUUGGGGCCACCGUGACCCGCAUUGACAAGGUGAUAGAAAACCCUUUGGAUGUACUGCAGCAGGGAAAACGCACGCUAAGCCUGGAUCUGAAGAACCCAAAAGGUCAGCAACUGGUGCGACGGUUGGCCAAGAAGUGCGAUGUGCUCAUCGAACCCUUUCGACCGGGAGUAAUGGAGAAACUAAAUCUGGGUCCCACCGACUUGUGCGCAGCCAAUCCCCGCCUGAUUUAUGCCCGCCUCACGGGUUUUGGACAACAUGGAAGACUGGCACCACGGGCGGGGCACGAUAUCAACUACGCUGCAUUAUCUGGAGUACUCUCCAUGCUGGGCAGGCGCCACGAAAAGGUCACUGCGCCCAUUAAUCUUCUGGCCGAUUUUGCUGGGGGCAGUGUAAUGUGCGCUAUGGGAAUUUUCCUUGCCCUCUUGGAGCGCCACAACUCGGGAAACGGUCAAAUGGUAGAUGCCUCGAUGGUCGAGGGAGCGGCCUAUGUGGCCAGUUGGCUGUUUAUGUCCCGGAAUCUGGAUAUUUGGUGGAGGGAUCGGGGUGACAACCUCAUCGAUGGUGGAUCGUACUUUUAUGAUACCUACGAAACCAAAGAUGGUCGCUACAUGUCUGUGGGCGCCUUGGAACCGCAGUUCUUUGAGCUGCUAAAACAGCGUUUAAAACUGCCCGAAGAUGUCAGCCAGUUUGGCGAAGAACAUCAGGAUCGGGGAAGGAAACUUCUGACUAAAGCUUUCCUUUCCAAGACCCAAGCUGAAUGGUCGCAAAUAUUUGAGGAUGUGGAUGCCUGUGUCUAUCCCGUUCUGGACUUCCGCGAGGUUCAUAGACACGAUCACAACAAGGAGAGGAAAUCGUUCGAGGUGAUUGAGGAUUUAGUGGCGCCACGUCCCGCUCCACUCCUAAGCAGAACUCCAGGAAAGUUGCCCAAGGCAACUGAUGAUGCGCAGGUGAAUUGGAUAGACGAAUUAGAUCUUAAGCCCCACGAAUUAAAGGACUUGGUGGAAUCGGGGGUAGUUACGUUUCCAGAGAGGGCCAAGCUGUAGAACCUCUCCGCUUGAAUGCCAUCCCAAUAAAACACAUUUCUGGUUGCUCUUGCACUCAAAAUUCGUUUAUUCUCGCUCUUGCACACAGACACAGAUUACAUUUGCUAAAAUUUCGCGUACAAACUAUCAGUCAUACAAUUUGAUUUGGAACAGUUAGGCCGCACUUUGAUAUUCAGAGGGGUUUCAUUGUUUGUAAUUGAUAAUACAGCAUCAGCAUACUAAAUAACGUAACAUAAUUGAUUCUCUCCUCUUGCAAUCGUGGAUCAAAGGUUCUCUCGCGCAUCCCUACUUACUGGCUAAUUAGGAUUACCUAGCAUACCGAGUAGCACAUAUACUUAAAUUACUUUCGGCUAAAGCACCGCGCGUCAGCGUCACCAAUCGUCAGUGUAUAUUUAAGAUAAUCGAUUAUAAUGCUCAUAUGUACGUUGGUGUAAUAAGUAGUAGGUAGUAGUAAGUGGCUUGUUAUGUGAGUAAUGUGUGGGAAAGGUGUAAAUUUCACUAGUUGGCGUUUCGUGUGUUGUACGUUGUUUAGAGUCCCGCGUAAAGUAAUCCUCGUGAGUCCUUAAGUAUGUUGCUUGUCUUGUUGUUUGUUGUAUGUAUAUAGUAAGUCUCAGUUCUCAGUAUAAAAUCAGUACCAUAUGUUACGUUUUUCAUUUGUUUUAGCUCACACCUUCAUUUGUGCAUUCAAUUGCAAUCCUUUAAAUGUUUACAAAAAAAUAUCGCUUCUUUGCUGCGCGGGGUGCUUUUUCUUACUUCACAGAUAUCUUAUAUAUCCACACAAGUCUUUCACACAGCGUACACUCCAUACAGAUGAUCGGAUCACAGGCAAAGUUACAGUUGCAUAUUAGUUUAUUUUUUUUUUUAUCUUAUAUCAGACGACGACCAUUCGCACACGCGGCAGGGGUCAAAAGGCAAGCCCGUUGAAAACCCUUAGUCUACAUAGUGGAGUCUCCAAAAAGUGGGUCCACCAUGCCUUUUUAUUGGAGCUUGCCCCUAAACCGUUUGCCAAUUCCCUGGCUUACUCUAGUGACAUGAACUCUUCUUAACAGCUAGGUGUUACAAACUCGUUAGUCCCUCAAUUUUAAUGAUUUUAUGUUUGCUUUUGGAAUGGUUACAUACAACUUUACUCAGUCACAGGUCCAAGCACUCUGCUGUUUA